UCUUUCUUUCCCUCAUCAUGGCCGACCGGUACCAUAAGGUUCUGGUAAUUGACGGCAGAGGCCAUUUGCUCGGUCGUCUCGCCGCUCUUGUGGCAAAGCAAGUUCUGCUGGGCCACAAAAUAGUAGUUGUGAGAUGUGAGGGCAUCAACAUCUCCGGUAACUUUUACCGAAAUAAAUUGAAGUACUUGGCUUUUCUUCGUAAGAGGAUGAACACGAACCCGUCCCGUGGACCCUACCACUUCAGAGCUCCCAGCAGGAUCUUCUGGAGGACAGUCAGAGGUAUGCUUCCCCACAAAACCAAGCGGGGUCAGGCAGCUCUGGAGAGGCUGAAGGUGUUUGACGGCAUCCCCCCUCCUUACGACAAGAGGAAGCGCAUGGUGGUCCCUGCUGCUCUUAAGAUUGUGCGUCUGAAGCCCACCCGCAAGUUCGCUGUGCUGGGUCGCCUGGCUCACGAGGUGGGCUGGAAGUACCAGGCAAUCACAGCCACCCUGGAGGAGCGCAGGAAGGAGAAGGCUAGAAUGUUCUACAACAAGAAGAAGGUGCAGAUCAAACUGUCCAAACAGGCGGAGAAGAACGUGGAGAGCAAGAUCGCCAAGUACACGGCCGUGCUGAAGCAGUACGGUGUGCUGGUCUAAGCGCGCUCUGUGCCCAGUCGUAAUAAAUGUUUAUAAAAACUCAA